ACAGUAACAGGAUGUGAAGUGAAGCAGACUCACAACACAUUAGCCAACCCUGUACUUUUGCUACAGAUUGAGGAAAGGGUGUAUACAUAUUUCCUGUUUCUCAGUUUUGUACAGCUCGUCACAUGACUCUACUGCUUACAUUGAAGUGAGUGAGACUUAAACUUGUUUUGGGGGAGCUCUCAUGACGUCAGUCGACCUCUUGGACAUUCUGGAGGAGUUGACAGGAAAGGAGUUUGAUGACUUUAAGUGGUUCCUGCAGCAGGACAGCUGCCUGGAAGGCCUUCCAUCAAUCAAAGCAUGUCAGCUGGAAAAAGCAGAAAGGCGGCACACCGUGACUCUGAUGGUACAGAUCUACAGACUUCCAGGAGCUGUGGAGGUGACCAGAAAGGUUCUAGAAAGGAUCAGCAGGAAUGACCUGUUGCAGAGCUUGUCUUCUCUCUCACACACACAGGCUCCUCUUCAUCACCCUGAAGAUGUGGUGGUUCCAGUACCAGAGCCUCGCCCCAUCAAGUUUUUCCAGCAAAUACUUCAAUCAAACUUCCAGGACAAGUUUAUGUGCACCCAAGAAGGUUGGACAGAAGAUAAACAGCGUCUGGUUGAUAUCUACACAGAGCUGUACAUCACAGCUGGGUAUGAUGUACAUAUCAACACACAGCAUGAGAUCCAGCAGAUUGACAAAGUAUGGAAGCCAGCAGAGCCAGAGAAACCUAUUAGACCCACAGACAUGUUCAAACAUCCUUCAGGAGACUACAGACCCAUCAAAACAGUGAUGACCAAUGGAAUCGCAGGAAUUGGAAAAACUUUCCUUGUUCACAAGUUUGUUUUGGACUGGGCUGAACAAAUGUCCAAUCAAGAUGUGCAUCUGAUUUUCCCCUUCACCUUCCGUCAGCUGAAUCCUCUGAAGGGAGAAAAGUUCAGUUUGGCAGAGCUCAUUCAUGAAUGCAUCCCAGAAACUGUAGGCAUCCCACAGGAGGCUCUUAAUUACAUCUUUACAGAUGUUCAGUCAUCAGGAAUCACCAACUAUGACAAGAGUAAAUUCAAACUUCUGUUUGUGUUUGAUGGGCUGGAUGAGAGCCGCCUUCAUCUCGACCUUCAUUCUGAAGACAUUCGCUCUGUCGAUGUAACAAAGGCAACUAAAACAGAUGUCCUGCUGAGGAAACUCAUCAAUGGGAAACUGCUACGCUCUGCUCGCAUCUGGGUAACCACACGGCCUGCAGCGGCCAAUCAGAUCCCUCGAGAGUUUAUCAGCAGUACAACAGAGGUCAGGGGGUUCACCGACCAACAGAAAGAGGACUACUUCAGGAAGAGAGUCAAAGGUAAGGAGGAGGCUGACAAACUCAUCUCCCAUAUCGUGACAUCACGAAGCCUCCACAUCAUGUGCCACAUCCCAGUCUUCUGCUGGAUCACUGCAACAGUUCUGGAGGAUGUGUUGAAAACCAGAGAGGGAGGAGAGCUGCCCAAGACUCUGACUGAGAUGUACGCAGAGUUCCUGGUGUUUCAGAUUGAUCGGACAAAAGAAAAGUAUGGCCCAAAGAAGAGCAUUCAAUACAUUAAGUCAUUAGCAAAACUGGCCUUUGAGCAGCUGGAAAAGGGCAACCUGAUCUUCUAUGAGAAGGAUCUGAGAGAGAGCGGCAUUGAUUUCAGUGAAGCCUCGGUGUGCUCAGGAGUGUUCACAGAGAUCUUCAAAGAAGAUCGAGGAAGGAAAGGGAAAGACAAGAUGUUCAGCUUCGUCCAUCUGAGCGUUCAGGAGUUUCUGGCUGCUCUUUAUGUGAGGAUGUCGCUUAUAAAUAGCAACAAAAAUGUGAUGCUUUCACCACAGCCCUCAAUGCGCAAUCUUCAACUGCUUUUAAGUAAAACAUCUUCAAAGAAGAUCCACAGGAUUUCGAUUGACAGGGCCUUACAGAGUCCAAACGGACACCUGGACUUGUUCCUUCGCUUCCUCUUGGGUCUUUCACUGCAGACCAAUCAGGAUAAACUACAGAGCCUACUGAAAAAAACAGACUGUCAGUCAAAAACCAACCAGAAAACAAUCCAGUAUAUCAAGGAGAAGCUCAGUGAGAAUCUGUCUCCAGAGAGAAACAUUAAUCUUCUCCACUGUCUGAAUGAACUAAAUGAUCGUUCUUUAAUAGAGGAGAUCCAACAGUAUUUAAGUUCAGGAAGCCUCUCCACAUAUGAACUUUCUCCAGCUCAGUGGUCAGCUUUGGUCUUCAUCUUACUGUCAUCAGAAGAACAUCUGCAUGUUUUUGACCUGAAGAAAUAUUCUGCUUCUGCUUCAGAAGAAGCUUUUUUGAGGCUUUUGCCAGUGGUCAAAGCCUCCACCAAAGCUCUAUUGAGUGGCUGUAAUCUGUCAGAGAGAAGCUGUGAAGCUUUGUCUUCAGUUCUCAGUUCCCAGUCCUCCAAUCUGAGAGAACUGGACUUGAGUAACAACAGUUUGCAGGGAUUGGGUCUGAAGUUGCUCUCUGCAAUACUGGAGACUCCUCACUGUACACUACAGAGCCUCAGGUUGAAUCAAACCAAUCUCACAGCAAAAUGCUGCCAGGACUUCUCACUAUUUCUCAACUCCCAGUUCUCCAGUCUGAGAGACCUGGACCUGAGUAACAAUGACCUGAAGGAUUCAGGAGUGAGUCUACUCUCUGCUGGAAUGGUUCAUCAUCACUUUAACCUACAGACGCUCAGGUUGAAUCAAACUGGUCUUACAGAGAAAUGCUGCCACCAAUUGUCGUUGGUACUCAGCUCCCAGGUGUUAAGUCUGAGAAUGCUGGACGUGAGUAACAACGAUCUGCGCGAUUUAGGCGUGACGCUACUCUCUGCUGGACUGAAGGAUUCUGACUGUGCACUAGAGACUCUCAAAGUCCAGUGUUUACACACAAGACUAAAUUACGGUACUGAGCAUGUCAGUGAUACUACAUGGAACAGCACUUGUUAUCAUUGACGAGCUACAGAGGAGACAACUGGGCUGAGAGAUGAGUUAGCUCCGGAGCUGGUGAUGAGAGAGAUGAGGAAAUAUAAGCUGACCAUUCCACUGUCAUUAUGUGAUGUCCUUGGACAAUAUGAAGGAUGACCUCAGAGAACUUAUUAAGACCCAGAAAAUACUAAAUGUUAAGUAUGAUGGGUUUCACAGAAAGGUUUUUAGGAGGGAUGUCGAUUUGAAUAGUAAGAGGAAACAUGUAGAAAGUGCACUGAAGACAUCCUAUGUCAGAUUUCACCUGGAUUAACAAGGUCUGUGUCAGGUGCAGAGGAACUAGGAUACAUUGACGAGAAGUGGAACAAGAAUCCAUAAGUGAACAAGGGAUGAGAAUGGGGACCUGUUGGAAUGGAAAGUAAUUCCAGCUCAAAGGGUUACAUGAAGUGGAUGUGGAUCCUAUGGACACCCAUUCUUUGACACCCAACAUUUGGACCAAUGGCAAAACAACUGGUAGUUUAGUGUUCCUUAGAGAUUGAUGAUGUACAACACAAGUGCUACGGCAAGGGGGUGCCAUCAGGUCGUCAUCAUCCCCACCCUCCUAGAUUGGGUGACAUUCUUGAGAUGCUUGGCUACAACUUGAACAGCCAAAAUCAAGAUAGCACAGAAGUUCGUGGCAGAAAGUUGUGAUUAAGAAAUGGGUGACUAAGAAGCACAGAAAGCUGGCCAUACCUGAGGCCUUGGGAACUGCUAAGCAAAGACUCACAGCUACCCAUUUGAAGAGGUAUAUGAGAACGUUGGAAGCCAGGAGAAUAAACCAACUGUUCUCCACGGAUGUGUAGUGUCAAUGGCAGGAAAACAAUUUGAGAGCAGCCCCACCAAAGUUGGAGACUGAGGAAUACUAGAAGACCAUAUGGGAGAAGACUCAACUUAUAACAACAAUGUUCAAUGGCUAGUGGAUCUAAGAGCAGACCAUAUCAAUCUCCCUGAACAGGAUCCAGUAACCAUCACAGUGGGAGACAUCCAAGAAAGAGUCUCAAGUAUGAAGAGAUGGACAGUACCAGCCCUUGACAUGACGCUAACAGCAUUCCACAUGUGUCUAGCAGCACAAAUAUACCUGCUGCUAAUGGAUGAGACACACCCAGAAUGGCUAACUGAUAGCCCUAAUCCUCAAGGAUUAUCAGGAGGGAAAAGUCCCAUCCUGCCUCAGCUCCUGUACUAGAAUUAUAUAAGAUCAACAGGAACCUUAGGCCACCUUCAAGCAAAUUACACCACAAAGUGAGAGAUUUACCAAAGAGAUGCUUUGUCCUUACUGCUGUUAUGCAUAGGCCUGAACCACCUCAGCCAGAUCGUUGACAAGAGAGGCUACGGAUACCGACUACAGAAUGGAGCAAUUGUUAGCCACCUCCUCUCUUUGGAUGACAUCAAGCUGAAUGCCAGGACUGGAGAAGACAUCGACUGAUUCAUACCACUUGGAUGUAGAGCAGCGACAUCAGAAUGUCAUUUAGAUUAGAGAAGUGUAGUCGGAUAGUAACAAAGAGAGGGAAGGUAGUCAGAAGUGAGGAGAUUACAUUACCAGAUAGUAAGGACAGUCACAAGUACCUGGGGCACCACAGGCAAAUUGGAACCGUGAAGAGGUCUCUAGGAAAGCUGCAACCACCAAGUACCUGCAGAGGGUCAGGCAAGUCCUGAGGAGU